CCAACGGAGAUGCAGAUGAGCUUCAACCAGCAGCUUGACUCUCUAACUGAUUUGUUGUCUGAGAUGGAAACCAGGGGACCUUUCAACCCCAAGUUACCAAGCCAGUAUUCUUCUGCAUCAGCACCCAAGCCUUCAGCUCCUCCACCAACUGCUCCCAAACCAGCCCUCUCUUUUCUCCCACCUGCUGAGAUGGGAGACCGCCCUCCUCCUGCACCCUGGGCCGAAGAACUCAAAGCCAGAACAAACCGACAAGCAAAUCACAGCCCUGCAGCAAACGCUGCUGCCCAGCCAUUUGCUAAGGCCCCAGCUGUGGCGCCCAAGUCUGGUUUUGGAGGGAAAACUGCAACCUCAUCAGCUUCUCUGGCACAAAAACUGAGCCAGAAUUUGAAUCAGACAUCCACCCCAAUCAGUGGAGCACCAAAAACUUCUGCCCCCAGCUCUUCCCCUCUCCCUCCCGCAGCUCCUCCUCCACCAAACAACACGGCCAGUGCCCUGGCCUCUAAUCACAUUAAGAGUUCUCCUUUUCCUGGUCAGGUGAAUGCGAACCAAAACCCUCCUGCUGCUGUGCCUCCUGCUCAGCCUAAGUCGAUGGAACCUCCAGCCUCCUUUAGACCACCAACAAAAGCACCUCCUGCAUCAUCUCCCUCGUUCCCUGGGCCAGUUGCUGUCCCAGGUGGAGGCGUUCCUCUGAGCAUGAGAGAAGUGGAGGAGCUGGAGAGAAUGACCAAAGACUUCAUUAAAGACAUGGACACGCACGCACCUGUCAUCACCUCCCCUCCUACAGAGGUUUGUGGGAAGUGUGGAGAGGCUCUGUCCCGUAGUCAGCCAGCCGUGAGAGCCAUGGAUAAACUCUUCCACUCCAACUGCUUUUGUUGCAUGAGCUGCCAUCGCCCCCUGCAGGGCAUGCAGUUCUACGACAGGGAUGGCUCACCUCAGUGUGAGAGCUGCUAUAUUAGUUCCUUGGCAGUGUGUUCCCGAUGUGGGGACAGGAUCACAGACCGUGUGUUGAAGGCAGUGGGCCAGUGUUUCCAUGCCCACUGUUUCCGCUGCAGCACAUGCUCCUGCACACUUGAGGGGGCGCCCUUCAUCACUGAUGACAACAACAACCCUUACUGUGUCCAGGAUUACCACAGGCGUUUCUCCCCUCUGUGUGUGAGCUGUAAUGAGCCCAUCGUUCCAGCACCAGGCAGCGAAGAGACAGUCAGAGUGGUGGCUCUCGACAAGAACUUCCACCUCAAGUGUUACCGCUGUGAGGAUUGCGCUCGCCCUCUUUCCAUAGAAGCGGAUGAAAAUGGCUGCUAUCCAUUGGACGGUAGGAUCCUGUGUAUGAAGUGCCACACCAAGCGAGCCAAGCAAGCUGCACAGUAAUUGGUUAAUGCAGCAUCACUCAGUUUAUCUAUGAACCAAAUCCAAAAGCACAGGAGUCAUUUAGCUGCUGUUUAUAGCAGGGCUAUAUUCAGUAUAUGGGUGUGCAGAUGCGAGUGCGAAUGUGCCGGAUGAAAAUGUUUGCAUGCAGAUACAGUGUAGUAUAUCUCUGCUCACCUCAAUGCAGAAGUAAUGUACUGCAUUGACAUAGUGUCCCCUGAUCUUUUUUUCCCCAAGCGCUCACAUCUCCCAUGUAGGUCUUCUUUGUGUGCAGGAACAUGUUUUUUGUGCCAAUUUUAUGUUUACGCAAAAAUGCCAGCAUAACUUGCACAAGAACAGUUUGAUCAAAAAAAGUAGUCUGAACAUAAUGUUUUGUUUGUUUGUUUGUUUGUUUUAAAUCUUGCCUCAGUAUUUUUACCGUGCACCAUGUACUGAAAUAUUUCCAUCUGAAGACUUUCGCUGGCUGGCCUCUUUUUCUAUUAGUACUGUAACCAUAUCAAUGUUACUGAGAUAGACAGAUAUCUACCACAGGAAAAUGAGUAUCCAGAUCCUCCCGCUGGACCAUUCCACAGAUUUCACCACUCUGAUUGGCCGUUGAGAGAACAUGUCUUUAUCACUUUGACAGUUCUUGUGCCAGGAAGCAUUAGUUAAUGAUGCUCUCCUGCCUAGAAAGUGCUUUAUGUCAGCCACUCUACUCUAGUAGCAUUUCAGUCAUCCAGGGCUAAAUGUUUGCUGCAAAAUAAAGAUAAGUGAAUGUUGCUUGUAUUUUGUGCUGUGAAUCUGAUCAUUUACAGGCAUGAAUUUAAUUGUCUUGGAACAAAAAUCUGCCACUUAUCAAAAGUAGCUCAGUGUUUAUUAAACUGUUAAGUAUUUUUAGAUGCAUGCUUUUUGAAUGCACAAAUUAUGAACAAAUGCAAGCACAGGUUUGCCAAGGAUAGAUUCCAUUCCAGCGAUAAUUGAAAACAGUGUAGGUAAAAAUGUCAGCUGCAUUCCUGGAAACGGGACCUGUUGUGUGAUCAUUGCACAGUUUCAUAGUAGAAAUAUCCUUUUAGUUUCACUUUGACAUAAUACAUUUUAAGUAGCACCUAGAAACACAAUAGUAUAGCUUUGGAUAUGCAUUUCCUUGGAAUCACUUGCUUUAAAUAUAUUAAUUUAUGGACCUUUUGAGCAUUGAUGUUACAUGUAUACCAGUGCUAAAUUAACCUCUCCUUGCAGCAGGAUAAUAGAUUAGUAGAGACAGUAGCUCUUAAGUCUCGUAGUAGAUGAUAAAACAUGGUGACCAAAUAUUUCAAAGCUUUUGGCAAGAUUGAGGUUAGUGAAAGGGUUGUAUGCGAUUCAAUAUUUUGACAUUCAUGUAUUUUUGAUGUAUCUUUACCAUAAACACCACUAUUCUUUCUAUUAUUCAUCUGUUCUUCAGUCUUUUCAUGACAGUUAUGUGCUAUUUUAUUCUUAUGUUACUGUAAUGUAUUUAACUGAUAAAUUGUUACAUUUAACCUGGCAAUGUGCCUUUUUUUGCUUUUGUUUCAUUGUUCUUUUGGAUGUGAGCCUGAUUUGCAGCCACAGAAAUUCAGUCCUCAAUAAGAAAAAAGUAGUUUCUUGUGCUUGGUGCAGCGUUACACCAGAAUCACUAACAUGGCAAUGGUGAUUCAGUAUUGCAUGCUAGCUGUGUAGGUGGUGGUGGGAUUUUCUUGUAGUAUUAUGUAUGUCUUUUGUUUGCACCAACAACUCCACCAUUGUGGUCCUGCCUUUGUCACCACCAUGUGAUUAUAUGUAUGAUGAUGCCUUCACAGUUUAUCUAGUGUUUUGUUGUGUUAUGUCUGUUGUAUUAUAUGCGGAGGCCUUGUCUUUUCAUAUGUUUUUUAUAAAUUCCUGUUUGAGAUAUGUGAAUGUCUUUAUGUUUAAAAUCCUUAUUUAGCCCAAACCCUCCUUGUGUGGCUGUAUCAAAAGAUAAAUAAAGUGCUAACAAUCAAG